AUGGGUAACGAAGCGUCCACUCCGAUAGAUGAUAGUGUAUCACCAACAACACUCAAGAGUCGUACCCUCGAGUCAGUUGCCGAAUACAUUCUCAAAAAGGAUGUUCGCAAAAUCGUUGUCAUGACCGGUGCAGGCAUUAGCACGUCUGCCGGAAUUCCAGACUUCAGAUCACCAGAAACAGGACUAUACUCAAAUCUUGCCCAUCUAGAGUUACCGGACCCAGAAGCAGUAUUUAACAUCACCUUCUUUCGAGAAAACCCAGUCCCUUUCUAUACCCUCGCCAAGGAACUAUACCCAGGCCGGUAUAGACCAACAAUAGCACACUCAUUCAUCACCUUACUCCACAGAAAAGGUCGCCUAUUGAAAAACUUUACGCAAAACAUCGAUUGUCUAGAACGCGAAGCAGGUCUUCCCGGAGAAAUGAUCAUCGACGCUCAUGGAAGUUUCGCUUCUCAGCAUUGCAUCGAUUGCAAAAGCCACUAUCCCGACGAUCUUAUGAAAGAGGUUGUUACAAAGGGCGAGGUACCACAUUGUCAAACCCCAGAAUGCAACGGGCUUGUCAAGCCCGAUAUUGUAUUCUUCGGUGAAGCUUUACCAGGAGCUUUCUUUGAUAAUCGUGACUUACCCGCCCAGGCAGAUCUGUGUAUCGUCAUGGGCACGAGUUUGACUGUGCAGCCAUUUGCGGGCUUGCCGAGUUUCUGUCGAGAUGAGACUCCUCGUCUACUUAUCAAUAUGGAGCAAGUCGGCGGUCUGGGAUCUCGUGCAGACGACGUUCUGCUUCUGGGUGACUGUGACGAAGGGGUCCGUAAAUUGGCCAAGGCUCUUGGCUGGUUAGAAGAGCUAGAAGCGUUAUGGGAAGAAACCAAUCCGAACAAAGAAGACCGGGAUCUGGAAACAGCGCCGAAGAAGACUCGCGACGAACGGUUGCAUGAUGAGGUUGAGCGUCUCACGGCAGAUGUUGAUCGGACGUUGCACAUCUCGAAUGCGCAUCAGAAUCAUACCCGGAACUACCUUGAGAAGCAUCUGGCGAAACAGCUCGACGAGCAAGUCGUUGGUGACAAGUCAGAUGCCCCCGGUGAACAGAUUCUCCGGUCUAGUAAUGAACUCUCCGGACGAGGUGGUCUGACCCAUGUGUUUCCGCAUUUGGUAGAUAAAAAGUCGACCUUGUGA